UUGAAUAUUUUUUGGGUAAUUAGAUCCAAUAAUAAUGGUGACCUGCUGGUAAAAUUUAUUGCACAAAAAUUCAAAUCUCCACCUUCUGUGUAUCACAUUUAUUUCUCUCCCAGCAGCUCUAUCUCCCUCUCUGUGAAUUUUGACCUUGCAGGUUCCUCUUCCCAGUUAAAAAUAACCUGCAAACCCUCUGCUUGUAUCUCAGUUCAUUUGUUUUACACUCCAUUUCCUGUAAAAGGCUUGCUGGAAUCUCUCAUUUUAGACUGUUUUGUGAAAUGGGACAGUUCUUGAAUGUGAUAUUAGUAUAAAGCUGCAAUCUUGGUGAGUUUUUCCCCAACUUUUUUCAAGAAAAAUAUGGGUUGGGUUGUUGUUGAAAUCAAAGAAAGAAGCUUUGUUUCUCCUCCAUCCCAACAGCCAUACUUCCUCCUUCUGCCACCCCCACCUCCUCUUUCUCAGUCCAGUGCUUUCAAUUUGAACAACAAGGUAAGCCCUAGUAUACUGCUCAUCAUUAUAAUCCUUGCAAUUAUCUUCUUUAUCUCUGGUUUGCUCCACCUUCUUGUAAGGUUCUUGUUGAGGCCUCCAAACAGGGACCCUGAUGAAAUGGAUAAUGUGACUGCCCUUCAGGGCCAGUUGCAGCAGCUCUUUCACUUGCAUGAUUCUGGUGUUGAUCAGUCUUUCAUUGACACUCUUCCUGUUUUCAAUUACAAGGCUAUUAUUGGUGUUAAGGAUCCCUUUGAUUGUGCUGUUUGUUUGUGUGAGUUUGAAGCUGAGGAUAAGCUCAGGCUGCUGCCUAAAUGCAGCCAUGCCUUCCACAUGGAUUGUAUUGAUACAUGGCUGUUGUCACACUCAACUUGCCCUCUUUGUAGGGCAAGUUUGCUGGCUGAUUUCUCCCCAAACACCAACUGUUCUCCUAUAGUUCUUGUUCUUGAAUCUGGGAGUGAGAGUUCCAGGGAGAUUGUUGCAGAUAGGGAUGUGGGGUUAUUUGGAACAACAGCCAAUUCAGUUGCAAGGGUAAAUUCCCAUUUGGGUGAAGAUUUCAGGCUUUCCCAUGCAGAUCCAGUGCAGAAAUCUGGUGAAAUUCAAGCAAAAGAAGAGGAAAAUCAGAGAGCAAUUGUGGGCUCUGGGGGAAAAGUUGUGGCAGUAAAGCUUGGGAAGUUUAGGAGUGUUGAUGGUGGUGGUGGUGAAGGGUGUAGUGAUGGUGAUUCUGAUGCAAGAAGAUGCUUUUCCAUGGGUUCAUUUGCUUAUGUUAUGGAUGAGAGUUCAUCUCUGCAAGUCCCCAUUAGAACCCCUAUGAAGAAGAAACAAUCCAUCAAGAAACCUUCUUUGCCUCUAACACCAGGGCACAGGCCAGCAAUGUCUGAGUGUGAUUGUGAUUCAAGAAGAGAUUUCAAUGGCUUUGAAGCAUUCAGGAUUCUUGAAACUCAACAUGAUCAUGGCAAUGACAAUAAGUCCAUUGGUAGAAGAAAGAGGGAGAGCUUUUCGGUGUCGAAAAUUUGGUUAAGGGGAAGAAAGGAUAGGCCUAAUGCAGCAACAAUGGAGUCGUCCAGGCGGGCGUUUUCGUUCAGGUUCCCUGUUCAUCAGCAGCCACCAGUGGCUGCCGAUGAGGUGAAGGGGAAGAACGGUAGGAGGACCGUAUCGGAGAUCGACAUGAGCCAGUGGGAAAAUGGAGGGAGUGAGGUCGGAUUCGACGACGAAAUACAAAGCUGCAACAGCCUGGAUUCACAGGCAAAUCCACCAUCUUUUGCCAGGAAGACUCUUCUCUGGCUGAUGGGACGGCCAAACAAGGUUGUUCACUCGACGUUUUCAAGCAAUGUUUAGAUUGUCUUCCUCUCAUUUUGUUUGAUCAUACAAUUCUUGCUGUUAGAAUUUUAGCUCAUGAAAGGCAAAUUUAGUUCAUUAGUGAAGAAUAGGAAAUGAGAACUGCAUAAAGUGGGGAAAAAAGGGAACACACAGACUUCAUUUUGAAGCAGAUUUUAUUACACAAUGUGUAUGCAAAAUGUUUGAUAUUUUGUUUUCUUUUUCACAAAA